AUGAAAGUUCACCUCUUCGGGGCAGCGUCAUCGCCUGGCUGUGCAAACUACGGCCUCAAGCACAUUGCCGCCCAAGGACAAGGUCACUUCAGUGAAGCAGCCAUCGAUUUCAUUGAAAGAAAUUUCUACGUAGAUGAUGGCUUAAUAAGUGUGUCAACAGAAGAAGAAGCUAUUCAUUUAAUCAGUGAGGCGAGACAGUUGUGCAGUACUGGCAAACUACGAAUCCAUAAGUUUGUUUCCAACUCCCAAAGAGUACUUGCAUCGCUUCCUGAAGAAGAAUGUGCAGAAACAGUAAGGAAGAAAGACUUAGACUUGGGUGAGCCACAGAUCGAGAGAGCUCUGGGAGUCAAAUGGUGCGUCACCUCAGAUCAGUUCCAGUUCAGAGUAGUCGUAAGUGAACGUCCGGUCUCUAGAAGAGGAAUCUUAUCAACAGUGGCAUCCAUCAUUGACCCUUUCGGCUUUGUGGCACCUUUCAUUUUGCUUGGAAAGCAAAUUCUCCGACAACUAUGUCGAGAAAACAUUGGAUGGGACGAACCAUUAUCUGAUGAUCUUCGUUCUCGGUGGGAGUCAUGGCUCUUGGAUCUACAAAAUCUGGCUGAUGUCAAGAUCCAGCGAUGCUACAUGCCAGAAGAUUUCACAGAGGUUCAAAGACAAGAGCUUCAUCACUUUUGUGAUGCAAGUGUCACAGGGUAUGGAGAAUGCACCUACCUGAGAGCAAUCAGUGUGACAGGACAAGUCCACGUUUCCCUAGUUAUGGGUAAAGCCAGAGUUGCCCCCACAAAAGUCACUAUAGUUCCAAGACUUGAACUGUCAGCAGCCGUCGUGGCAGUCCGCACAAGUGACUUGCUCAGGAAGGAGUUACAAAUGGAAAAUGUUCAAGAGUUCUUCUGGACAGACUCAAGUGUAGUUCUGUCUUACAUUACCAAUGAGGCCAGACGAUUCCACAUUUUUGUGGCAAAUCGAGUCCAGCGCAUCAAAGAAACCACUGAUCCAAGUCAGUGGAGACAUGUGACAUCUGAAGAGAACCCUGCCGAUCACGCCUCAAGGGGUCUUAAGGCAAAAGAGCUCAUUGUGUCCAACUGGCUCAAGGGUCCAGAAUUUCUAUGGCAAGAGGAACUUCCAAUUCUCCAGCUGGAUGAAGCUAGUUAA